GAAGAAGCCGAAGCAGAGCCAAACCCCAAGAACCACAGCUUCAUCACGUGCUCGUGCCGCGCCGCUGCAUGUCUGCCAUGGCCGCGACCGGAGCAGCGCUGCGUCUACACCUCCUGUUCCGGAUGCUGCGGGUGGGGGAGCUCCUCGCCCUGGCGGCUCUCAUCUCCUGGUCCUCCUGCCACGCGCCGUCUGCGGCCGCCGCCGCGGUGCGCGUCGCCGGCAGCCUCCUCUUCAGCCCGCGCUUCGUGUUCGUCCUCGGCAACGCCAUCGUGCUUCUUUUACUGGCGCUGUCCAGGCGCGAGCGGGACUCGUCACCGGUCUCCUCCGCCACCAACCACCCCGCCACCGGUGCCGCCUCUGCCGGCUUCGCCGUCGACCAGAUGCCCGCGGUGCCGUCCGCCGACAGGUUCCCUUCAUAUGCCGCCCCGACGAUGCCGACGCCGGGAAGGGAAGCGCCGGCGGCGGUGGUGGCAACAUCGGCGCCCGAGGUGGUCCCCUGCAGGGAGAUGGCGACGGUGUUCGAGGAGGAGGUCAAGCCUGCGGCGGCCUCCGCGGCAGCGCGCGUCGUCCUGAGCAAGGCCCGCGCGCCGAGGCGGAGCAGGUCCGAGAAGAUGAGCCCGCGCGGCGUGGGGUCCCGGCGCGCGGCGUCCCCGGAGCAGCAGCUGAUGCCACUGAUGCGGCGUUCGGAGUCGGACAACGGGCGCAGGCGGCGGUCGUCGGCGUCGGCGCGGGACGUGGCGGCGGCGUGGGCCCCCGGGACGGACGACGCGGCGGAGUUCCAGCGGAAGGUGGAGGCGUUCAUCGCGAAGCAGACAAGGUUCCGGCGCGACGAGGAGUGCAUGGCCGGAGCUAUGGUCGUCGUGGAAUGAUGAGCUGAUGAUGGUCUGGUGGGAAAUUACUAGCAUGUGCAAAGUACAUAUGGAAGAACAAGGGUCUCGAUCUUGCUAGAUAGCUUAGGUACUCUCAUGCAUCUGAUCCUGCUCCCGCUCUUCGUCUUCCUCGUCGGAUCGGUGCCGUCUUUUGUGGCGCGCGAUGGGUGCAGAGUAAUUGCGUGGUUUUACUGAA